CCCGUCAUUUUCAAAAUGGCAGCAACAUUGCAAAUAAGCGAGUUUGAUAGUGAAGACCAAAUAACUAAAGAAAUAGCAAAACAAGAAGAGACAACGUCGUUGAAAUACAUAAUCUUGCGCAAAGACAAACGUUUUGGGCGAAAGGAUGCACACCCUUUGGAAGGAAAGAAGAUCAGCUGGGAGGUAAAAAGUCACCCAUUCAAUGGCGUUCCAUUUCAGGUUGUGGGCACAAGCACAUAUGAAUGCCAUCAGGGGAAAGACCGACAAGUAAAAGCUAAAGAGAAACAUGCUGCUAAAAUGAACAAGAAGGCGCUUGAAGACCAUGCCUUAAAGAGACGGAAACAAAAUACAAAGAAGGUGGACUGCAAGGCUUUAAUAAACAUCGCCCACAUUAUCCGCUUUCCUGGUUUUAAGAUUGAGGAGAGUACUGUGCGCUCUAAAAAGGAGGCCUCCAAAGAUCUGAAGGCAGCUCUAAGUGAAAAACCAAGCUCUGUGAAGGCAGAGGUUGUCUACUGUGUCAGGUUCCCCUCUCUCUCUGAGCAUAGCUCACACGCACUUGUUGGUGAGAGGUCCUCUAAGAAGAACUUGAAGAUGUUGCAGAAGCAAUGUGCAGGCUAUCUAAAAGAAAUCACAGACCUCACCUAUCAUCUUCAAGAUGAACAGUACAUGACUGGCCUGUCUUCACAUCUGCAAAGCCUAUUGCAGGAAAUGAAAGGACUUGUCCCACAGGAUAAAGAUCUCACACUGACCCUUUCCCCAAGGAAGAGAAAGGCUGAGGAGGACAUGGCCACCCUACCAACCCAGGGAGCAUCGCAACCUUUCACCGACAGUGUAGGACAGCAUGCAGAUUUACAGAACACAUGCGAAGAACCAUGUUUGCCAAACUGAGUGUGGACUGAGAUUGCUUGUAGGCAGGGAGCCUAGGGUGCCGGAGGAUGGCAGUGUGUGUGUGUGUAUAUAUAUAUGUGUUGAGUCUGUUUUUUUGUUUUUUUCAGAAUAUUUUAUUUUUGAGAGCUGGGUUUUGUGGUAACCCAAGCCUGCCAGCAUACUUGUUGUACAAUUAAUAUUAAAAUGGUAAUAAAAUAAAAAUACAAUUGGGUGAUAAUCCUGUAUGCAGUGGUGGAAAAAUAACCCAAUUGUCAUACUUGAGUAAAAGUAAAGAUGCCUUAAUAGAAAAUGAAAGUCACCUAAUAAAAAACUACUUCAGUAAAAGUCUAAAAGUAUUUGGUUUUAAAUAUACUUAAGUAUCAAAGUAAACAACUGCUAAAAUAUAUUUAAGUAUCGAAAGUAAAAGUAUAAAUCAUUUAAAAUUCCUUAUAUUAAGCAAACCAGACGGCAACAUUUUCUUGUUCUUUUUAUUUAUGGACAGCCAGGUGCACACUCUAACCCUCAAGACAUCAUUUACAAAGGAAGCAUUUGUGUUCAGUGAGUCUGCUAGAUCAGUAAGGAUGACCAGGGAUUAGUUAUGUGUGAAUUGGAAAAAUGUUCUGUCUUGCUAAUUCAAAAUGUAAUACUUUUGGGUGUAACGGAAAGCAUAGAUUAUUUGAUGAUGUUGAAAUGGUGCUGGAAUAGUGGAGGCAGCUCCUGUUUUCUUUGUGACUUGCAAUAACACUCUGUGGUUCUAAAUCAAUAGUUGUUUACUAGUCAGAAAAUGUCGGAAACAUUAACCUGCUUGACCAUGCUGUAGGUCAUUUAAUACCACAUGCUUUGUGGACUUCACCAGACAGCUGUUGCUCUCUGGUUUUGUGAUGAAACAAAGGUGUGGUUGAAUUUGUACUGUCCCAGCCCUGGCUAUACUUCAGCCCAUAAUGGCCUCUCUCAGACCUUCUCCAGGUAACGCCCAACUGUCAUCUACAUCUCAUACAUGAUCAUACUCUGAAGAUUCUGAUGCUGUAAAAUAAGGUGUCUCUAAGCUGCUGGUGUGGAUGUUUGGUUAUUACCUGUGUAUGUGGAUGGAUGCUGUGUUUAAUGGGGUGCUGUUGUUUUCUGUAAAUCCUCUCCAUGGCUGUUAUAUAACGUGUGUUUCUAUUAUUAACCUGUACUCUUACCACUGAUUAGCUGUUCUCUCGAUGCAGGAGGUGGGUAUUUCACUGGGUGCAAUGGGGAGAUUAUGGCUGGUUAGUCCACCUUUGGAACUUAUGUUAUCUUAGUACAUAUUUGUUUCUAUUUGAUAGUCAAGCUAAAUAACUUCAAGUGCAUACAUUAUCCUAAUUUUGUCGUAUUUCAUGUCACUGUUACUGCGCAGUUAGCUGAUUAUGACCACUUCCCAUCAUUGAAUAAUUUUUCCUGACUUUACAGGAAAAACCUCUUCCCCCUAUCUAUAACUUGAGCCCAUCAUUUUCAUUGGUUUCCACUAGUUUCUAUCAUCCCCAAGGUCCUGUUCCACUGUCACCGAGUCAGGUUCCACAGCCACAAAGUUAGAUUCCACAGCCACAAAGUCCAAAUUAGCUACAAAAUUAGCUUUUUGGUUUAAAGUUAGUGUUAGGCAUACGGUUAGGUUGAAAAUCUCAUUUGAAUUAGAUAAAUUGUGGAAAUGGGCAUGGUUUGUGACUGUGUCUAUAAAAGCUACUGACGACCCUU